UCAAAUUUCGCCCAUGUCUGGCUACCUGCCACCGGGCUUCCCGUACCCCAUCUUUCCUCCACCACCGCCCCCCUCUCCGUGGUCUCCGCCCAAGUCCAGAGACAACAGCACGACGUCCGGCGGGGUCAUCGCAGGCGUCGCCAUGUCUGUCGGCGCCUUCCUUCUUCUGCUCUCCUGCCUGUGCAGCCUCCACCAAGGGUACCGCAACAGCCGCGCCAAUGCCGCGGCCGACGACGCUGCCGCAGCCGCUGCAGCGCUCGCUGCGCGGCCGCAGGCGCCGCCACCCCGCCCAGAGCCAUGGGACAACCAGGAGCAGUGGCUACGCCGCCACCGCAGCGAUCGUGACGACGACGGCCGCACGCGGCGCGCCAGCCUUACGGCGGGCCUCCCGUCGUUCACGUACAACCGGACGGUGAGGCACAACGUGACGGGCAGCGGGGACGAGGCGGCGACGUGCUCCGUGUGCCUCGGAGCGUUCCAGGUCGGGGAGACAGUGCGGCUGCUGCCGGUGUGUAUGCACCUUUACCACGUCGAGUGCAUCGACCCCUGGCUUGAAGCGCACGCCACGUGCCCGCUAUGCCGGUCGGGCACUGAAGAAUCCACGAUGCACGGCAGGCUGCUUCUGCCGGUUUAGACGCGCUCUAUCUCACCCGGAUUCAGGCCUUCACGGUGUGCAUAGUUUGCAUCAUAAGAGAACUAUAGGUGUGUUACGUUGUAAAGAAUUUAUAAAUGCGUAAAUAAUGCGGUGUAUAUUUUCAGCUGUUAGCCCGUUUGCUAGGCCUUCAGCUUUGGCUUUUUUCUAGAGCUA